AUGAACAAGAUAAAGAACACCUUAUUUCACUCCAAGAACAAAGAUGAAAAAAAUCGCAAAGCACAUCAUCUUGGAGAAAGAAGUAUCAGUGACCCAGUUUUAUCUCAAGCAUCAAUAUCCGAACCAGAGCCUUCAACAGACGUUCCUGAAGUGGGUAUAGAGAACCUUACUGAUAUCGAGCAGCAGAUCUACACGGUCUGGUGGAACGAACUCGAUCCAUAUUCUCUUGGCCACCUUGACAAUAAAGCUCUUUUAAAGUUCUUGGUUGGAUGCAACUUGGAAUAUCAAAAACUAGGGCAGAUUUUGGCCUUAUUUGACAAGGUUACAGAUGGCUUGACUGAAUCUCAGUUUUAUGCUGUGCUCAGACUUGUGUCUCAUGCACAGAAUGGCAGGGCAAUCCACCGAGAUCUCUGCUAUUUAGGUGUUCAAAUGUUAACUAUUGAUCAACAGCAUCUGUACCCCACUUUGUUGCGAGUCCUAAAAGCGCAAAUAUUGAACAGGCAAGGCGAUCACACAACUUAUGACUCGUUACAAUGGAAUUCUAGCAUAAAUCCUGUGCCGUAUGUUCCGCAAAAUUGUCAUGAAACAUAUGUUGGAUCAUAUGGUGGACCAGCUUCUGAUGCCCAGAGAGCAUAUCCACAAGUCAUCUUCCAACCUCCCAAUCAAAGCAUCAACCAUCAGAUAUCUCCAGUAAAUGGUGGCCUAAUGAACCAUCCACAGGAAGUAUUUAUUCCUGCCACGAUUCCUAUAGCUGAGCUAGUCCACACACCGAUUAUUACUUGGACAAGUGGACCUAAUAAUAAUAAUAAUAAUAAUAGUGAUAGUAGUAAUAAUCAGCAUCAGAAACAAGAAGAAGAAGAAGAAGGAGAAGAAGGAGAACCCUGUAUGGCUUAUCCAUCGUCUGCUGCAAUUGUUGCCUUGUCAGAAAAGAAUCAUCAAAGGCACCAAGCACAGCACAUACGUUCAAAGUCAGUACCGGACAACAUGAUGGCUUAUGAGUCAGAGUUAGAGAAUGAUAGCUAUGCACCUGAUCACCACUCAGCACAGGAUCCGUCCGGAACUCCCACCAGUAUGUCCUCUCCAUCAGAAAGAUAUUACGAAUUUAUUGAAUACACAGAACCGCAGUCUACGCCACGAAAUUCGAUGCUAUUGACUCAAUCGUACAAUCCACCUCCUAAUGCUGAUUAUGAUGAAUUGGGUAGCCCUUUUAAAGACCCUCCCGAGAGUAUGACUUUUGGGUCAUUUAAUGAAAAUGGUCUCUUUCCCAACCAACAGCCCAAUGUGUUUGAUAUUCCUCCUCCACAUCCAAACCAGUAUGAUUCAAAGUAG